AUGGCCAUCGAAGACAUGAGUAGCUCAGUUUGGAUGGAGUAUCGGCAAAGCAGAUUGCUUGAGCAGAAUGGAUGCAGCGCUGAAAAACCGCCAUGGACUCCCAAUGGCACCCAUCCGACGUCGCAGGGCGCCGACAGCGAAAGCAUCAAGCUUGCCGACAACCACAAUGUAGCUUUGGAGGACGCCCCUUCUUUCAAGACCGCCACACUGCAG